AUGGAAAGUGUAUUGGGAACUCCUCUUCGUUUCGAUGGGCUAUUAAUUUCCCAACAGCCAAUGACUGCUAUAAUCAAUCAAACUCCUAUAAUGAUCUGUGAGUAUGAUCGUCAAUACACGGUCGGUGAACUAGAACGACAACAAAUUUCAAUAGAAUCUGAUGCAUCAGGAGCGCUAGGACGCCCCUUACGACUUAUGACCACAAUGUACAAUGCGUUCGGUUCUCAAGACAGGGUUGCUGCAAAAGCAUCCAGAAUUACCUCUGCUCACGCUGGUGGGGGUGGAAGACUGUUCUCAUUCACAGAACUCAUUAACCCACCUGCUAUCACUUCUCAAUAUUCACUAUCUGCAAGGCCCUUAGAGCAGUCUGGUGUUCGAUGCAAAUGUGGACGUCAUCUUGCAGCAGUCAGUGCAGGUAGUUCUCCGGUGGAAAUUUCUUGCAGUUAUUGUGGUAGGAGAUAUUUCGAGAUUGUUAGAGAACUGGGAAAAAAUCAAUAUUAA